GACAAGUGAGUUACAUUAAGGCAGGUUGAAUACAUGGGCUCCCACACGCAGGAGAAUGAGCCUAAGAGACUUUUGACACAAUAUCAUGGAAACUUUGAAACACUGGAGUUUACUACAUGAAUGCACUGUUGUGUGCUUGCUCUUUACAACGGUCGGCAAAGGGUCAGCAUGUGAGGCUCCUUCCAGUCCUGAGUGCUUCAGAAGAACCACUGAAGCUGACGAAUACAAGUGUGAAUGGAGCAUGAAUAAAACCACUGAGAGCGAUGUGAGAUUUGAUCUUUACAUGAACAAUGUCCACAGAAACAAAAAUGCGCCCAAGAAGACAUCGAUAAUAAUCACCAAGGAUGAGCUUGGAAUCGUAGAGGAAGAAUAUGUCAUUAGGGUUGAAGCUCACAUAGGAAACUCCAGAUGCGCGUCCACCAACACGUCUGUUGUGCUCUCACACACAGUAAAGUAUGAAGCACCAAAACAUAUUUCCAUGUCCUGGUUAAAAAACAACCUCAGCUUGAGCUGGACGGCAUCAGAGAAGCAUCCAGCUGCAGCAGAAAUCCUGUUACGCAGAGAUGCACACUGCACAGAUUCAUGGGGAAAAAUAACAACAAAUACCACCAGUGACACUUCAAUGCACCAUGUGCUUGUUGAGAAUCUGUUAAAGGAUACAGCUUACCAGGUUCAAAUCAGACACCGGUCCACUAAGGCCCUAAACCCACUGUGGAGCGACUGGUCUCCUGUUGUGAUUGUUCCUGCAGAGCUGGAACAAAUACCUGAAGUAACCAUGAAUAUAACCCUUUCAAAUGGGACUCGAAAGGUGGUGCUAACGUGGAAGAAGAUGCCCCAUGCCGAGAAUUACAGUCUGAAUGACACACAGUCUUCCAAUGGCUGUAAUUGUACGAAGAAAAGCAUCACCACGAAUGAGACUAAAUAUACUACUUUUGUCUCAUACUCUGCCGUCAACAUCUCUGUAAUCGGAAGAAACGCAGCAGGAAGUUCUCCACAAGCAAUCCUACAAAUACCAGCCGCAGCUGCAGAGUUAAAAAUUUGUGACAAUUCAUCGGAUGUGCUUAAAAAAUUAGAGAAGAAAACAUUCGUUGAGUUGUACGAGCUUCAAGAUGGAGAUUCAAGGCCUGAAAAUGUGACGCACUUAACAGCAAAGAGUACGAAGAAAGAAAGGAAGAAAGAAAGAAUGGACAUAAAGGACUACGUUCGCUACCUUUACUUUAAACACAAAUGUGUUGGCCGGAAACUACAAACAGUAACAAUGUGCAUCUAUUAUGGAAAAGAGGAUGCUCCCCAGAGAGAACCAAAGGACUUCAGUGCUUUCAAUGAAACACACACUUCUACUGACUUGUCUUGGAAAGCCAUUCCCUCUGCAGACCAGCGAGGUUUCCUCACACACUACAGCCUGUGCAGCGUGAAAGUCAGUUCACAAGAUGAGCGCAAAGAGUGCCAUAACAUAUCAGCCUCAGUGAUGAAAUAUAGGCUGGGAAACUUGACGCAAGGUACUACAUACCGGGUCAGCCUGGUUGGAGUGACCCGAGUAGGAAAAGGACCUGAAGCCACAGUCACUAUCAACACGCCGCCAGAGAAGCCUGUGAACGUGUUGUGGAGUCUCUGCCUGCUGAUUCUGUUUUUUUUACUCACAACAUUGUGCACCUGCAUCUUGAAGAGAAUCAAAGAAAACAUCUUCCCUGCUGUUCCGACACCUAUUAUUCCAGAUUUCAUACCUUUUCAACCAGAGAGUCAGGAUUUUCUGGAGAGAAAGGAGGAGGUGGAUGAGCUGACACUGCUCCAGCUACAUCCAGAAGGAAAGUCUGUCCCUGAGGACGCAGAGGAGAGCGCUGUCUUCGCUGGAGAAUGGGAGGAAGACACUGAUGAGGACGAGGACAACGAGAGAUGGGAUUCAAGGAUGUCAGGAGGAUCCAGUGAUGAGUGUCUGAGUCCCGGCUCUACAGGGGAGGCACUGAGGAGCUCCAGAGAAGGAGAAAUUACAGAUGUGGAACAGCUGGACAAUGAGAUCGCCAUGCUGAUAUACAAGAAAGGUCUGGUCUUCGAUGUGAAGAGGGACUCCCUGUGAGAUUAAUUGAACUGUUCUUACAGCACAACAUUGCACAAAUGGGCUUUAUCAAGGGUUGACAUACUGUAUUUGUUGACUUUCUCUGGAGACCUGACAAAUACUUUUAUCUGAAGAAUUAUUAUGCAGGAAAUAUUUUUUUUCAAUGAACAUUUUUCAGCGUGCCUGUAUAUGAAAAGUUGAGCAUUUAUCAGUCACAGGUUUUGUCAAUACACAUUGUCAAUACAUCUUGUCCAAUGGUAGAGAGCAAAUCCUGGUUCAGACUUUUAGGAUUUUGGCAUUUGUUUUGCAUAUUCCCAAUAAAACAAGUAUUAUUGCCAAAAAACCUUAUUCAGUUACUAAAGGACUGAACGCAACUAAAAUGUUGAGGUACUGGUUCUGUACUCACUGACUGCUCAUAAAUACUUCUACUCAGACCACCUUCUUCUAAAAACUGAAAUUGUACAUGUUGCAAUGUGAGGUGCAAGUGAUAAAACGGAGAGGGUUUUCUUUAAAAAAAAAGACAGGCAUUUUAUUUCUUAGCCUGCCACAAAGACAUUAUUUUAAAGAAACUGCUUGUUCACCAGCAAGGAAAAAAAUGCCACACCGAAUUCCCAGUCACAUUUAUAGCAGAUUACCCGCCUUCCAAAUUCAACCUGGCCAAUCAGGUCAUGACUCUGAAAAGGGUGAGUGAAGAGUUAAAUACAGAAAUAAACACUGUUCUCUACAUUUAACAAAAUCCUUAAGGCCAAAGUAAGUUCAUCAUUUAUCAAUACCAAUAUUACAGCUUCAAAAACAACAAGGUCUGCUUAAAACUGAUAGUUUUUAAGCUAAUUGAGACACAUCAAAUCACACAUUUUCUGACCGAUCACAUCCAAGACUCCGCCUACUCAUACGGCACAUAUAAGGAGGCGUGAUCCCCUUUGAGCACUGGCACGAGAUGGUAGGUCCAUACUUGCCAACCCUCCCGAUUUUCGCGGGAGACUCCCGAUUUCAUUGCCCUCUCCCGGUUUC